AUAACAUACAACAUUAAAUAUCGAAUAUCAAGUCUUCGAAUGACCCAUCCGUACAAGUGCCUAAAAUCAAGAAGAUCCCGCCGAAUCGAUUAUCGAACAGCUGAGUUCCGAAACGCAGAGUCCGAGCUGAUUCCUUCGAAGUCGAAAUCCGUCGCCACCCUCCUGGCCUAAGUUCACGGCGUCGUCUGCCCUCUCCGCGGUGAUAUACAAUUGCUAGAUCUCUUCCAUUUCUGACUAUUCUCGAAGGCUUGCAUUUGAAACGAGUUCAGUAGGAAUUUUCGAGAUUUUGUACUGAGGAUUUAAGAUCUAAGACUUAGAUGAUGGUGAGAGAGGAUUGCGGAGUUUAUCACGAGAGGCAAAAGCUACAGUUGUGUCUCUUGCACGCUCUCAAUAACCUAUUUCAGGAAAAGGAUGCAUUUACUCGAGCAAACUUAAAUGCAAUUGCUGAAAAGCUGGUGCGCGAUGAGCCAAACCAAGAAACUUGGACGCCAUUAUCAAUUGUCUUCAAGCCUCAUCACAACACAGUAACCGGAAAUUAUGACAUAAAUGUCCUAAUUUCAGCUCUGGAAGAGAAAGGGAAGAGUGUAGUGUGGCAUGACCAUCGGAAUGGAGCUUCUACAAUCGAUUUGGAUGGACCUGAUGAUACUCGUAAACUAAUGGGAAUUGUACUUAAUGUCUCAGUUAGAAGGUUUGGUGGCAUUUGGAAAAGUAGGCACUGGGUUGCUUUAAGAAAGAUCGAUGGAUUAUGGUAUAAUUUGGACAGUGAUCUGCCUGCUCCUCAUCCAUUUAAGGACACCGAAGAAGUAAGAGAAUUCUUGGAUCAUGUAAUCAAUGACAACGGGGAAAUUUUGCUUGUUAUGAAUGACAGGAACUAAAUCUUAUCCAUUGGAUACUCAUGUUUGUGCUGGAAUCAAAUGUAAAAUAAGAAAUAUAGCUGGAUUGCUUUGAAUGUUUA